UUCCUUAUUUAAAGCUUUAAGUUUGCCAUUGCUCUAAGCUAUAUAUUCUUUAGCCAAGUUGAUCCCUGAGGCUGUGCCCCUUGUUGGGGGAAGGCAUCAGUGCCCCAAGACAUACCAUCAUGAGAUUGGGCUCCCUUCUGGCUUUGCUGCGACCAGCACUCCCCCUCAUCCUAGGAUUGUCCUUGGGAUGCAGUUUGAGCCUCUUGAGGGUCUCCUGGAUCCAGGGUGAGGGUGAUGACCCCUGUGUGGAGGCUUUAGGGGAACUUGGAGGGUCACGGAAGCUGGAUUCAAGGACCCACCUUGGCCAGAGUGAUGAAGACUUCAAGCCCCGGAUUGUUCCAUACUACAGGGAUCCCAAUAAGCCAUACAAGAAGGUACUCAGGACACGGUAUAUCCAGACGGAACUGGGCUCUCGUGAACGGCUACUGGUGGCUGUCCUGACCUCCCGGGCCACACUAUCCACACUAGCAGUGGCUGUGAACCGCACCGUGGCCCACCAUUUUCCUCGGCUACUGUAUUUCACAGGGCAGCGGGGUGCCAGGGCACCAGCUGGGAUGCAAGUCGUGUCACAUGGGGAUGAGCGCCCAGCUUGGCUCAUGUCAGAGACCCUUCGCCACCUUCACACUCACUUUGGCGCUGAUUAUGACUGGUUUUUUGUGAUGCAGGAUGACACCUAUGUCCAGGCCCCUCGCCUGGCUGCACUUGCUGGCCACCUUAGUAUUAACCAGGACUUGUACCUGGGUCGGGCCGAGGAGUUCAUUGGUGCAGGGGAGCAGGCCCGAUACUGUCACGGUGGUUUUGGCUACCUCCUUUCCAGGAGCCUUCUGCUCCGGCUUCGGCCCCACUUAGAUGGCUGCCGAGGAGACAUCCUCAGUGCCCGUCCUGACGAGUGGCUUGGGCGCUGCCUGAUUGACUCCUUGGGCAUCGGCUGUGUCUCUCAGCACCAGGGGCAGCAGUACCGAUCUUUUGAGCUGGCCAAGAACAGGGACCCUGAGAAGGAGGGAAGCUCCGCAUUCCUCAGUGCUUUUGCUGUGCACCCUGUCUCCGAUGGGACGCUCAUGUAUCGGCUUCACAAACGCUUCAGUGCCCUAGAGCUGGAUCGGGCCUACAGUGAGAUAGAGCAGCUGCAGGCACAGAUCCGAAACCUGACAGUGCUGACCCCAGAGGGAGAAGCGGGCUUGAGCUGGCCAGUGGGGCUCCCUGCCCCUUUCUCUCCUCGGUCCCGUUUUGAGGUGCUAGGCUGGGAUUACUUCACAGAGCAGCACAUCUUCUCCUGUGCAGAUGGGGCCCCCAAAUGUCCACUGCGGGGGGCCAGCAGGGCAGAUGUGGGGGAUGCUGUGGAGACUGCUUUGGAGCAGUUGAAUAGGCGCUAUCAGCCCCGCCUGCGCUUCCGCAAACAGAGGCUCCUCAAUGGUUACCGACGCUUUGACCCAGCCCGGGGCAUGGAGUACACGCUGGACCUUCUUCUGGAGGCUGUGACCCAGCGUGGGCACCGCCGAGCCCUCGCACGAAGAGUCAGUUUGCUUCGGCCCCUGAGCCGCGUGGAAAUCUUACCUAUGCCUUAUGUCACCGAGGCCACAAGGGUACAGCUAGUGCUUCCACUGUUGCCUACAGAGGCUGCUGCCGCCCCUGCCUUCCUGGAGGCCUUUGCAGCUGGUGUCCUGGAGCCAAGGGAACACGCUUUACUGACCCUUCUGCUGGUCUACGGGCCACGGGAGGGUGGUCGAGGGGCCCCGGACCCCUUUGCAGGGGUGAAGGCGUCAGCCACUGAGCUGGAGCGCAGGCAUCCUGGGACACGACUGGCCUGGCUCGCCGUGCGAGCUGAGGCGCCCUCCCAGGUGCGGCUCAUGGACGUCGUCUCCAAAAAGCACCCCGUAGAUACGCUCUUCUUCCUGACUACUGUCUGGACGAGGCCCGGGCCCGAUGUUCUCAACCGUUGCCGCAUGAAUGCCAUCUCGGGCUGGCAGGCUUUCUUUCCUGUUCACUUCCAGGAGUUCAACCCUGCGUUGGCCCCUGUGAAGUCACCCCCAGGACCUCCUGGGGCUGGCCCUGAUCCACCCUCCCCUGCUGGUCCGGACCAGCCUCGGGGGGCCUCGGCUGGGGGCCGCUUUGAUCGGCAGGCCUCUUCAGAGGGCUGUUUCUACAAUGCUGACUACUUAGCAGCUCGAGCCCGGCUGGCCGGGGAACUGGCUGGACAGGAAGAAGAAGAAGCCCUUGAGGGGCUAGAGGUGCUAGAUGUUUUUCUACGAUUCUCAGGACUGCACCUUUUUCGUGCAGUUGAGCCGGGCCUGGUGCAGAGGUUUUCCCUUCGGGAUUGCAGUCCCCGGCUUAGUGAGGAGCUCUACCACCGCUGUAGGCUCAGUAAUCUGGAGGGCCUGGGGAGCCGGGCUCAGCUCGCUAUGGCCCUCUUUGAACAAGAGCAGGCCAACAGUACCUAAUCUACUUCUCUGUGCACUGGUACUUCCUCACCUUCCCUUUGCUGCCUUUGCCCCAGGAAGGGCGAGGCAAGAGGGACAUAGACAGAUGGAGAAAUUGUUACUGUAUUUUUUUUUAAAUGAGAAAAUGUUAUUAAAAGUUUCUU